GACUCAGGCUGAUUGGCAGCGGCGGCGCAGGUCAGGUGCUAGUAUCCAGACCGAUGGCGGAAACGAUUCUGAACUCCGAGUUCCCGGAGCCUCCCGGCGUGGCGCGGAGCGCCGCGCUCAUGCAGAGCUUCGCCGCGCGGAUGGGCCGCCAGGGCCGGCGGGUGGUGCUCAUCACGUCGGGCGGCACCAAGGUGCCUCUGGAGGCGCGCCCCGUGCGCUUCCUGGACAACUUCAGCAGCGGGCGGCGUGGCGCGGUCUCGGCCGAGUGCUUCCUGCGCACCGGCUACGGGGUGCUGUUCCUGCACCGCGCGCGCUCCUCCUUCCCCUUCGCACACCACUUCCCGCCGCAGACCUGGCUCGCGGCUCUGCGGCCCACCCGGAGGGAGGCCGAGGCACCCGGAGGCCGCCUGCUCUUAGAGGCCGAGGCCUCUGCACUGCCGGGCUUUGCCGACGCCCUGCUCACCUACCAGGAGGCCGCCGAAGCCGGCACCUUCCUGGCCGUGGAAUUCACCACCCUGAACGACUACCUGCACCUGCUUCAGGCCGCGGCCCAGGCGCUCAACCCCGCUUGGUGCGUGGGCUCCUCUGCAAUGUUUUACCUUGCUGCGGCUGUGUCGGAUUUCUAUGUGCCUGCCUCUGAAAUGCCUGAGCAUAAGAUCCAGUCCUCUGGAGGCCCUUUGCAGAUAACGAUGAAGAUGGUGCCAAAAAUGCUUUCUCCUCUUGUUAAAGAUUGGGCUCCUAAGGCAUUUGUAAUUUCCUUUAAGUUGGAGACAGACCCCUCCCUUGUAAUUGAUCAUGCCCGGAGAGCUCUGAAGACUUAUUGUCAUCAGGUGGUGGUGGCCAAUAUCCUUGAAUCUCACAGGUCCUAUGUGAUUAUUGUAACCAAAGACUCAGAAACACAGUUGUCUCUUUCUGACGAAGAAGUGGGAAAAGGUAUGGAAAUAGAAGGAAAGAUUGUGAGUAACCUACAGUCUCGACACAUGGCUUUUAUAGAUGAGAAAAACUGAGGCAGAGUUUGUCUUACCAAAUCCGAAGCUUGAAUGAGAGGGUGGUACAGAGAAAUGGAAAUCAUCUUUUGCCUUCCCUAAAGAAAAGGAAAAUCUGUAGGAAGGUGAAAAGAGUAUUGGAAUAGAAAGGGAAUAUUUAAUUUCAAAACAAUUUGUUUUUUGUCUUUUAAUGGUAUUUGAUGCUCAUUAAAAACGAAAAUGAAGGGAGACCAGUUUUGGUUUUAUAUAGCUAAACUUACCACUUCAAGUGGAAGAAAGAAUAAAGGGGAUGUAGUUCUCAUUUUCUAUAUAAAAUAAUUUACCGCAGGCUAAAUAAUAAUCUCAGCAAAAUUCAAAGGAUAGAAGGAAUAAAAGCCCAAAUAAAACCAUAAACUCCAAACUUUUUUAUAUUUUGAUUAAAACAUGUCUAUGUACAUAAACUUUAACAAAGUAAAUUUUUUUGUUUUGUGUUCUC